GAAAGCCGACAAGUGACGUCGUUAUCUCAACAACAUUGAACUCAGCUGUAUCGCGUGUGCUACACCAAAGUGCAAAACGCAAGGCACAAGCAAUUUUCUUACGCAACCACCAACCAACCUACAUACAUACCAUCCCUUGAUACCGGAAUAGGGUCCGAAUAGGCGCAAUGCUAAGGCGCAUGAACUUGCCCCGAAAAUCGAGGGCCGCCACCACCUUACCCUCGGCACCCUUAUCUCCCACCUCACCUACCACCACAACACCCUCCCGGUGCCCGCCCCUCCCGCUAGAAAUAUGGACACAGAUAGUGCGCGCACUCAUCCUACACGCCGUCGAGGAUCUCCCAGAAUUAUGGGCCGAUAUACGCCUCUUAUCGCAUACCCUAAAAGCAGCCCUCGAAACUGCAUUCGCCGACGAGCAUUUAUCUUGCAUGUGGCUAUACGUCAGCAACCCGAAUCUGCCAAUUCCCGAGGGCUUGCAUCCGUGGCGUCGCGGGAAUUGGACUAGGAGUAAUGCGCCUACGCCUUUGAAAUUGAUGCUUUCGCAUUUUUCGCCGGAUCGUAGACGUGCGUAUUUUGUGCUGGGCGGUGGGAUGAGGAGUUGGCGGUACCGCCGGGAUGGAGAUGGGGAUGGUGGGGAAAGGGAGCUGCGGGAAGCGAUAGCGCGUGGGUUGCCGGAGUGUACUGAUAAUACUGUCGUGGCUGAGUGGUUGCGCUCAGCGCGUGGGAUCCCGCCGCCGGGUGUGCGGCCUACGGAGGGCAGGUUGAAGAUGACGGUUGGUCCGGAUUGUGCUUGGACGCAUUGGAAGCACCCGGUGAUAGGGAGUGAUGGGUUCGUCGUCGAGUCUAGGGGAGUUACAUUUAAAGAUGACGGUACAAGUCAAGGCGAUAGUGAAGAGGAUGAGAAAAAGGUGAAGAGAAACCGGAAUAUGGUGCAUGCCUUGGGACUCGAGGUCGAUCGAACGAAAUGCGAAGUCUCCCUCGAAUGGACGACGUUAAUCAGUUGCGUGUUUGCUAGGCCGCGGAAGACAUUUGGUGAGGCGUUCAGGAAAUAAUACCGAGAAAUGAGGUCUGCAUUUUGGCGCGGAGUUUUUUACAGCAUAAUAGGGAAUCCUGGUCGGCUAGAUUUGUUUUCGUUAUCUUCUAGACGCAAUCUUAACGACGUUGGGUAUUAGAUCCUCAUCGCGGUAUUACCUCGCUAUUCGAGUAAUCAAAUUCAACUACGAUUACGUGCCUAAUAUAAUAACUUAUUUCA